AUGCACCCCAUUCUGCUUCCUAUAAUUCUCCUUACGACAGUAACCCUUUCAUCGAGCAAUGUACUACCAAUACUGGCCAUAAACAAGUUAGACACAGAACCCCCUAUUGAUGACCAAAACACAGACAAUACUUUCAAACAUAAAGUGAACCCGGCUAUAUUUUAUAAAGUUUUUAUCGGAACACCGAAGGAUAAUCUACCGAAAAAAUCACAAUUAUCACGUCUCAAAACAUUUGACAACGAUAUAGAUCAGAUCCUUGCUAUUUUUGAAGACGUCGAUAAUGACGAAAAUAGCGAGGGGUUCAGAAAAGAACAGUGGCAUAAUUACCCGAGACAGCUCGAUCGACUUAAUAAAAACAUUAACGAACAUUCGGAAAAGCCCAGAGACGAUAUUGAUAUUGAAAAAUGGGAACCGGCUAAGAAAAGGGACGAAGUGGAUGAAAAUAAUCACGAAGAUAUUCUCGAACGCUAUGAUUCAGGCGUUCUAGACGGUCCGCUGUUUAUUCUGAAAAUACGUUUAGCAUAUUUAACGAACAACAUGAACCAGGAAAAAUAUAAAAAAUAUUUACCUUCUGAUAUACUAUUACAUUUAUUAAAUAGAAAAAACGAGGAAACAGAUGAUCUGGGAGAGUAUAAUAGUGUAAGUCCAAGUGAAGUUGCAUCCGUUACUAAAACGAAAAGGAAGGAAAUGCCAAGAGAAGAUUCUCAACUUGCAGAAAAAGCACUCACUGAAAACAAAGCAAUAAAGAAACGAAUAUUUUCAUUAUGGAGUCGACUUCAGAGCCUUUCGCACAGGGGUCACGAGCUUCAGCAUCGCAGACAUUUAUACGCCUUCUACGGUCUUCCAGAAGACGGUGGUGGCACCCUGACAGCAGAAACCAGAGCCACUUUCAUGAGACCCCCUGGAUCGCCGUUGAGAUGGGGCUAA